AUGUGUCCGUGUCCCAGUGCCUCUUGCAAGUCGCAAGGCUCCCUCGAGCAUGUCAUGCCACACCUCAUGAGCGUCCACAAGAGAGAAGACAUUGUGUUCCUGGCAACAGACAUCAAGCUGCCAGGUGCAGUGGACUGGGUCAUGAUGCAGAGUUCCUUCGGCCACCACUUCAUGUUAGUGCUGGAGAAGCAAGAGAAAUUGGAAUUGAAUGGACCAAGACGGAGACUCACCUGGGAAGCCACGCCCCGAUCCAUACACAAAGGCAUCCAAUCAGCCAUCAUGAACUCAGAUUACCUGGUGAUUACCUGGAGUUGGAAACUAUAUGAAGCUGUUAGUAUCAGAGUUCUCCGAGACUCGGGCUGCUCCGCCACUCUGCUCCACACGGACAAGACGGAACAUGAAGACACCUGUGAGUUCCGGCCGUACAUGUGUCCCUGUCCCAGUGCCUCUUGCAAGUGGCAAGGCUCCCUCGAGCAGGUCAUGCCACACCUCAUGAGCGUCCACAAGAGUAUCACCACUCUCCAAGGAGAGGACAUUGUGUUCCUGGCAACAGACAUCAAGCUGCCAGGUGCAGUGGACUGGGUCAUGAUCCAGAGUUGCUUCAGCCAUCACUUUAUUUUGGUGCUGGGGAAGCAAGAGAAGUUUGAUGGCCACCAACAGUUCUUUGCCAUUGUGCAGCUCAUUGGGUUCAGGAAACAGGCUGAAAACUUUGCAUACAGCAGCUUCUCCCUGCACCGAGCACCGCCAAGCAGCACCAGAGAGGCACGAGUACGUAAGGUGAGUCCAGAGAUGCCAGUCUUCCCUCAGUCAGCCUUACUGCCUGCCUUUACUACAAUAGUGAACUGUCUUGUGCUCGUUUAUUUAGGUUUUAUUAUUCGAUUUUUAGGUAUUUUUUGAGGUUAUUGAUUUAUUUUUAGUCUUUGUUUACAUCUGAGUCUGGAAACAGCUGAAGAUUUGGGGAAAUAUUGAAAGUUCGUCAAUAUGUAAACAAACUCAGCUGAGGUAGAGGCAGGGCGUCAGUGUUUUCAGCUAUUAUUUGCUUCGUCUCUCACUUAUUGUAAGCCAAACAUGUCAUAAGAUGGAGCCACAUGUCUAGCCUUCAUAUCCGUUGGUCAAAUAUAUACACCAUUGCCUAGUUUUGUUGUCAAGAAGGAAUUAUUGAGGUAAUAUGGCGGCCAGCUCCCCCACUGAGGUCGCUGCCGAGGGCCGCCAUGAUGGAUUGUUGCCUGUUCCGGCUUGCUGGUUCCAAUAUUUUUCAAAAAUUUUCUGAAUGACUUUAUUUGGCUUGUAUAGUAAGAUUUUAUGGUUUCUAAAAAUAUUUCGUUGCUUUUGAAAAGUUUUUCUUGCUUCUGUUAAGUAAAUGUACCGAAUUUUCUGCGGUUUUUUUGUGUAGGUAAAGGGCAGUUUAUACGGUGAUAUUUACCCAGAGUGAUUUUCGGCUCUUUUAUUUGAGGCUUUAAUGAAGAUAUUAUUGCUUCAAAAAAUCGUUUAUGGUAUAUGAAGUGUUUUGCGUUCCUGUUGAGUUAAGUGUGUGGACUUUGAAUAGGCUUAUGGUCCC